AUGACUCAAAAUCUUCCAACUCAUGGAUUUAAAUGGAUGAAAGAUAUAACAAUGGAAAAGGUAUAUAAAAUUUUAGAUAAAACAAAUCAUAGUAUGUCAAAUAAUGGAAAAAAAGGAUAUAUAUUUGAAGUUGAUUUGGAAUACCCUAAACAUCUAUGGGAAAAACAUAAUGACUAUCCUUUAGCGCCUGAGAAGAUGAUUGUUAAUGGUGUUGAAAAACUAUUAUGUCAUUUUAAACCCAGAAAAAACUAUGUUGUUCAUUAUCGAAAUCUUAGACAAUAUCUUGAAAUGGGUAUUAAGAUUACUGCUGUACAUAGAGGAAUAUUAUUUUACCAAUCUCCUUGGAUGGAACCAUAUAUUAGAAAAAAUACAGAACUUCGAAAGACAGCAGCUAACAGUUUUGAGAAAGAUUUUUUUAAACUAAUGAAUAAUAGUGUAUUUGGUAAAACAAUAGAAAAUAUACGAAAAAGACAAAAUAUACAUCUUAUUGAUAACCGUAAUAAAGCUCUCAAAUUAUCAAGUCGUCCAAAUUUUGAUAGAUGUACAAUAUUUGAUAGCAAUCUUAUUGCAGUUCAUAUGAAAAAUACUGAAGUGUAUUUUAACAAACCAGUAUAUGUGGGUCAAUCAAUUUUAGAUUUAUCAAAAUCUUUAAUGUUUGAUUUUCAUUAUAACUACAUCAAAAAUAAAUAUGGAAAAAAAGCUGAGUUAUUGUUUACAGACACAGACAGUCUAAUGUAUGAAAUUAAAACAAAUGAUUUUUACAAAGAUAUAUUUCUUGAUGUAAAAAAUAAAUUUGAUACUUCUGAUUAUCCAUUAGAUCAUCCUUCUGGGAUAAUUACAGGAGCUAAUAAAAAAGUAAUAGGGAUGUUUAAAGAUGAAGUAGCUGGAAAACAGAUAACACAUUUUGUUGGGUUGCGACCAAAACUUUAUAGCUAUAAAGUUGAGGAUGAAAAAGAAUUAAAGAAGUGUAAGGGAAUAAAGAAAAAUGUAAUAAAAAAGAAAUUAGAUUUUGAUGACUAUGUUAAAUGUUUGUUUACUGGUGAAAAAGAAAUGAGAUCUAUGAAAAUUAUAAGAAGUGAAAAUCAUGAUAUAUAUUCUAAAGAGGUUAACAAAGUAGCUCUUAGUAAUCAAGAUGAUAAAAGAUGUGUAUUAAAAGACUUAAUACAUACUUUAGCAUUC